AUGUCCCCGUGGCACCAUUCCAUUCCGCCCGCCCUCAUCAUAGGCGGCUCCUGUGUUGAUUCUAGCAGCUGGUCUACGAGUUCAAUCCCUAGCGCCCCAAAGCAAGCCGUCGUGACUAGCCUUAUCGGCUCCCUCGUUCGGGAGGAAGGUCACAUCUAUUCUCUAGUUGCUGCAGGUCCUCUGCUCUACACCGGUUCGGAUAGCAAAAAGAUUCGGGUGUGGAAGAACCAGAAGGAUUACGCCGCCUUCAAGUUCAGCAGCGGUCUCGUUAAGGCCAUCAUUAUUGCCAGCGGAGACUGCAUCCUGACGGGGCAUCAAGACGGAAAGAUUCGGGUUUGGCGGAUAUCCUCCAAGGAUACCUCAGCCUACAAGCGCGCAGGCAGCCUACCUUGUCUCAAAGACUUGAUAAAGUGCUCCCUCAACCCAUCAAACUACAAGGAGAUUCACCCCCGUCAGAGGGCUCUUUGGAUUCGCUAGUGCGAUACCGUGUCCUGCCUCAGCUUCUGCGAAGAGCAGGGCCUCCUCUACUCCGGUUCAUGGGAUGAAUGCUUCGAGUCCGUGGUUGCACUCGAUGACGUCGUCAACUCUGUGGUGGCCGCUAGCUUCAACAGCUUCGUCUUCACCGGCUCGGCCGAUGGCAGCGUCAAGCUGUGGCGGCGGGAGCUGCAAGGCAAUAGAUGCAGGCACAAGUCGGCUCAAAUAUUGCUGAAGCAGGACAACGCCAUCACAGCUCUUGUUAUCAGCCCCAGGACUCCGGUCGUGUACAGCUCCUCCUCAGAUGGGCUGAUCAACUUCUGGGAGUGGGAGGGGGAGCUGCAGUUGUUCAGUCAUGGUGGGGUGCUGAGUGGUCAUAAACUGGCGGUACUGUGCCUUGCGGCAGCGGGCAGGCUGGUCCUCAGUGGAUCAGCUGACAAAACCAUCUUUAAGUGGAGGAGGGAGGGGGCGGGCGUGCACUCCUGCCUCUCUGUUCUCACCGGUCACUCGGGAACAGUGAAGUGUCUUGCAAUUGGGGAGGAGGAUAACAGGGAUCGGGAUGAUAGUGUUUCCCGCCUAGACCUAAACCUAGACCAUUCAUCAUCCUCUCAACGAUAUUCAUCCGCCGCCUGUGCCGCCACGUUCCUCCUCUACAGCAGCAGCCUGGACAAAUCGGUUAAGGUGUGGCGAGUAUCUAAAGUGCCGCCCGAACCGCUGCUCUGGAGUAUACACUCCUUCCCACUUGAUCCAAACUAGCAAAUUAUGAUCACGCUCGCCUGCACCUUCUCUGUGCCGAAUUUCCAUGCAUUGUCAUCUUCAAC